GUAGUGUAUUAUCUUUUCUACCCACUCCUGGGGAAGAAGUAUUUCCCCAUAUCGCGUCAAAGUUCAAAAUCAAAACAACUUCCCUACCGACCAAAGAUGUGGCCGUUACUCUUUAACAUCAACACAUCAGUUACCAGUUACCACUAUCACUUAUCAAUCCCUUUUGUGCGAGAAACAGAGAAUAAAUUUUGAUGGUGUUCAUAACAAACGCUCUGCACUAUUCUUUGUCGAUUCCCUUACUUAAAUCCUUCCAAUUCCAUGCAAAAUUCACUCUCUACAGUUUCCAGAAUUAUUCUGGGAAUCUGAUUUCAAGAUUUAACUUAGCUAGAUUGAGCAGCUCUUCUAUUUGCCAUGCUUUUGUUGAAUUUCCGUCUGAAAUUAAUAAAAACGAUAACAGUUAUCGUCCUAAUCAUCAAACUUAUCUCUGGCUUUUGGAAGGAUGGAUAAAUUCCAGUUCCGGGUCGUUAAUUGAUUGCAGAAAGAUUCAUGGGUUGAUAGUAAAAUCGGGUUUUGUCGAAGAAAUUGAAUUAAAUGGCCGUCUUUUGGACUUAUAUCUUGUCAAUGAUCAUUUGUGGGAUGCACACAAUGUGUUUGAUGAAAUGCUUGAACGAGGCGUUAAUGUAUGUGUUUCUUCAUGGAAUAAGAUUAUUGCUGGAUUUGCUGCAAAGAAAUUGUCUAGGGAAGCAUUUGGUCUGUUUACGCGAAUGCUUGGUGAAAAUGUGGAUCCUGAUGAGUUUACGUUUAGUAAUGUGUUGAGGGCGUAUGGUGGCGGUCUUGGGGAAAAGAUUGAUCUUUGCUGUAUUGAGCAGAUUCACGUGAAGAUUAUUGUAUUUGGCUUUGAUGGUAGUCGUUUUGUGUGUAACCCUUUGAUCGACUUGUACUCGAAGAGUGGUAUGAUAGAUUCUGCUAAAUUUGUUUUUGAUAAUUUAGGUGACAGGGAUAGUGUAUCUUGGGUUGCUAUGAUGUCUGGCUUAUCUCAGAAUGGAUGCGAGAAGCAAUGUAUUCGCCUAUUCUGCGAUGAGAUGCAUGCGCAUGGUAUACUCCCCACGCCAUAUGCUCUGUCGAGUGUUUUAAGUGCCUGCAGUAAGACAGAGGCAUUUGAGCUCGGGCAGCAGCUUCAUGGUCUUAUCUAUAAGUGGGGUUUUGCUUCUGAAGUUUAUGUGUGCAAUGCAUGUGUGACACUAUAUUCUCGUAUGGGAGACUCGAUCUCUGCUGGCAAAGUUUUUGAGAAGAUGAAGCACAAGGAUGGAGUAUCAUAUAAUUCUCUUAUAUCAGGGCUUGCUCAGAAGGGACUUAGUGAUCAAGCUGUUCAUUUGCUACAAAAGAUGCAGCGUGAUUUUAUAAAACCUGAUUGUGUUACAGUGGCAAGCCUUGUAAGUGCAUGUGCUACCAUCGGAUCCCUUGAUAAGGGAAGACAGCUUCAUUCAUAUGCUCUCAAGGCAGGAUUCUGCUCUGAUAUGCUCAUUGAAGGUUCUCUGCUUGACCUGUAUGUCAAAUGCUCUGAUAUUGAAACUGCACACAAGUAUUUCCUUACAACUAAAAAAGAAAAUGUGGUUCUGUGGAAUGUAAUGCUUGUAGCUUAUGGGCAGGCUGGUAAUCUAAGUGAAGCAUAUCAAUUGUUUUCGCAAAUGCAGAUGAAAGGCUUGGAACCUAAUCAGUAUACAUAUCCAAGCAUGCUUAGAAGUUGUACUUCUGUUGGAGCUGUUGAUUUGGGAGGACAGAUCCAUACCCAAGUCAUUAAGACAGGCUUUCAGUUAAACGAGUAUGUUUGUAGCGUGCUUAUGGAUAUGUAUGCUAAGCAUGGUUUCCUGGAUACCGCUGAAAAGAUUUUUGAGAGGCUCACUGGGAAUGAUGUUGUCUCUUGGACAGUUAUGAUUGCAGCAUAUGGGCAGUAUGGAAAGUAUGUUCAUGCUCUUAAGCUCUUUGAAGAGAUGCUGUACCGUGGGAUCCAAGUAGAUAAUAUUGGUUUGUCGAGUGCAAUGAGUGCAUGUGCAGGUAUUCAAGCACUCUACCAAGGUCGGCAAAUCCAUGCUCAGUCAUAUAUUCUUGGUUACUCUGAUGAUCUUUCAAUUCGAAAUGCUCUUGUUAGCCUCUAUGCUAGAUGUGGUAGACUUCGAGAAGCUUAUCAGGCUUUUGAAAAAAUUGAUGUCAAAGAUAAUAUAUCGUGGAAUGCAUUGAUUUCGGGGUUUGCACAAAGUGGACAUUCUGAGGAUUCAUUGAGAGUAUACACACACAUGAAUGAAGCUGGUGUAGAAGCUAAUCUCUUUACUUACAGCUCUUCAAUCAGCGCUGCUGCUAAUAUAGCAAAUGUCAAAGAAGGGAAGCAGAUACAAGCUAAAUUGUUUAAAACUGGAUACAACUUGGAAACUGAGACAUCAAAUGCCUUAAUUACACUCUACGCAAAGUGUGGGUGUCUUGAUGACGCCAGGAGAGUGUUCUCUGAAAUUAUCAACAGAAAUGAGGUUACUUGGAAUGCAAUGAUUACAGGAUAUUCGCAGCAUGGUUGUGGAGAAGAAGCCCUGGAAAUCUUUGAUGAGAUGAAAAGGGUUGGCGUGGUACCGAACUAUGUCUCAUUUGUUGGUGUAUUAUCAGCAUGCAGCCAUGUAGGGUUAGUGGAACAAGGGCUAGAGUACUUUGAGUCCAUGAGUAAAGAAUACAAUUUGGUGCCCAAGCUAGAACAUCAUGUUUGUGUUGUUGAUAUUCUCGGACGAGCAGGUUUUCUAGGUCGCGCUAGAAAAUUUAUAGAAGAUAUGCAGAUUGAACCAGAUGCAAUGAUCUGGAGAACUCUUUUGAGGGCUUGCAUUGUUCACAAGAACAAAGAAACUGGAGAGUUUGCUGCUCGUUGUUUGUUAGAGUUGGAACCAGACGACUCAGCAACCUAUGUUCUCAUGUCAAAUAUGUAUGCCGUGACUAGGAAUUGGACCUGUAUGGAUGACACCAGGAAAAUGAUGAAAGAAAAAGGGGUAAAAAAGGAGCCUGGUCGUAGCUGGAUCGAAGUAAAGAACUGUGUUCAUGCCUUUUAUGCUGGUGAUAAUCUGCAUCCUCUGGCAGAUAAGAUUUAUAACUUCUUGGACAAUCUGAAUGAACGUGUAGCUAAAAUUGGUUAUAUACAGGAUCAGAACAGCCUUCUGGUUGAUUUAGAAAAGAGUAAAGUUCUCAAUGUUCAUAGUGAAAGACUUGCUAUUGCUUUUGGACUAAUAAGCUCAUCAAGCUCAAUUCCUCUCCGCGUUAUGAAGAAUCUUCGUGUAUGUGCAGAUUGCCAUAAUUGGAUCAAGAGUGUUUCAAAGAUCUCAAAUCGAACAAUUAUUGUGAGAGAUGCAUAUCGCUUUCAUCAUUUUGAGGGUGGUUCAUGUUCAUGUAAGGAUUAUUGGUAAGUGAAUUUUGGAAAAAUAUUCAUGAAAAUCAAUACCCAAAUAUCCAUAUCCAAUUGAGGUGUUGGAUACACACCGGACAUGGAUAUGCCAAGAUGGUGACAGAGUAGGGGUUGGUCCAACAUAGUCAUCAGUCCGAUGUUGCAUAAUGUUUAUUCAGCUGCGUGCAUACAGGUGUACCUGUAGUAGCUGCAGCCAAGGCAAUUAUGUCCAUCAAUAAGCCUGAAGAAGCAAAUUACUGUCCAUUCCAGUGCAAAAAGCAAUCAUAUUGGGAGAUGAUGCAGAAAAUCAGCUAGUCUUAUGAAAACCAUGGAGCUCAUUCCUUUGGCAGGUGAAUUUGGAUAAAGUCGGAGAUUGCAGGAAACUGAUGCCAAACCAGGGAAACAAAACUAGGGACUAUUUUUCUGGUUUGCAGAAUAAUUUGGUGAAUGCUGUGAUAAUUGUCAAAGCAAAUAUUCAUUAAUUUGGAGCAUUCUAGGAGAAGAUCCUGGGGGCUUAAUCGACACUACGCAAAAGUGUGAACCUGAAGAUAUUAUUAUAUGAGCAGCUUCCAAAAGAAAUGCAGCAAAUUCCUUCAAAAUAAACAAAGAAGAAUAGAUAUGCAGCAUUGUUUGCUGCACGAUAUACUGGAGUAUGAAGUAUCUGUGCUGUUUGUAGGGAUGACAAGGAAGUCGAAAUCCGGUCUGAAUUUGAAUCGAUAUAAAAAACAAAAUCCUAUUUGAAUCCAAAAAAGUGAAAAUCCAAUUCAAAUCCUUUACGAGGGAGAGAUUAUGUAAGAUCUGACAUAUUUCUUCCUAAAUCCGAUCACUAUCAACUUAUAGAUUAAAAAGAAGGAUUAUGUUUGCAUUUGAAAAAGUCAAGUGAAAUAUAGAAUGAUUGUUUUCUACAA